UUUCGUCUUGAUCUUGCCGCUGAUGGCCUUUCUGUAAGCAACUGUCGUCCACUUUUGAAUCAACCUCUUACUAUCGGUGGAGAAUAUAUCGCUUCUAUGCGAGAGGAUGCUCCAGAAAUAGUCGUUAUGGCUAAUCCGGGUCUACAGGUGUGGAGGAUUAAUGCCAUGGCGGAACAGCCCACGGAGCCUACCGAAAAUUUCACCGUGCCAGGUGCCGAACUAACGCAUUUCUACGACGGAUUUUUGAGCAACGGAAGCGUUCAUCUAUUAUCCUCAUCACCCGACGGUCACUUGGACCACUCAAGAGUUCAUGUUCUCAACUUGGAGAAUCCGUCUCAUGUGAUCACCACUCACAACUGCACACCCGAUCCAGAACGAGGAAUGCCGCGACCGAGAAAGAAUGCCGGCAUCGAUGGAACAGCUGGUUAG